AGUCAGCCACUUGCAGUCGAAGCACAGACCCAGACAAACUAGAUCAUCGACGGUCGACAACAUGCCCGACGAGAUUCUUGUUGCUCUGACGUCACGGGGUCAGGAGGUCAGGUUACGGUUGCGGCGCAACGCCUUGGCGACCUUGAACUUCCCUGUCUACACUCUUAACAACGGGCACUGCGUGGAGCAAAAAACUCAGGGACUACAGUCAUUUCAGGAAUCCAGCUUUUACCAUGGUGUCGAGUCUAUGGCCGCCAUCGUGGUCCGGCGGGUCAAUCAGUAUCUUCAGCCGUUUGAUUUGGAAGGACCGCUGCUCAUUAACGGAACACAGUUUCUUCUGACCCCAAGUCGUGACCUCUUACCUAUGCAUGUUGAUGGAAGAACUCAUAUUCUCAAGCGCAUUCUGACCACCAUCAACUUCGGCCACGAUUUUCUGGACGAGCGAAGUCUGAUGGACAAGGAACGAAGAGCAGCGAGGGCAGAGGUCAGGCGCAACCGUCGCGCUGGUGGAGGGCGAGUGUAUGUCAAGCGUGACGCACCCGUGACGCACACAGUGGAGCUGAUCAUCAUCGCUGACUUUGAGAUCUACAACAGGUUUUUCGAAUAUUCAAAGGGCAACAGAACUGAUGCCCUCGCACAGAUGAAGCUGUACUAUGUCUUUAUGACUAACCUGAUGGACAUACGCUAUUCUAGUGUAACGGCAAUAGACCCAAGUUUGGUCAUCAGGGUGGCGCUAGUCUCCCUUGUUGUCACUGAUGUGAAGCACGAGGCGGUGUGGACGGAGCGGAACAAGCUGAGUGCCGGCAAAAUAGACGCCGAGCGCACUUUGUACGCCUUCCGUGAUUGGCUGGGCGCCAACAGCAACAUCCCGCGCGCUGACCACUGGAUGCUCUUCACAGGGUAUGAUCUCGCUGAAAGGAGCGGAACAACGACGACCAUUGGUAUCGCCUUUAUCGGCACGUUGUGUACCGACAGCGCUGUGUCUGUGGUCGAGGAGUACUUCACCGCCACAUCAGGCGCCGUCAGCGCUCACGAACUGGGGCACAGCAUGGACGCUGACCACGACGGCGCCUACAAACCGCAGUGUACAGACGACGACAACCACGUCAUGUCCACCAUCGCCACCUUCCCCCGCGAGGCAGCGAAGGCCUCCAACCCCUGGAAGUUCUCGCCCUGCUCUGUGGACGCCUUUGGAGCUUACCUGGACACCAUUCAGUGCGCUCGCCGCCCGCCACCCAAGUCCCUGUCUACCAGUGAGUUCGGCGGUCUGUACCUGGACGCAGACGCGCAGUGUGAGCUUGCCAUGGGUCCAGGCUCUUAUUUCUGUCGCAGCGUGCAGGUGAGACUAGGUGUGGAUUUGAUGUGCCGCCGCAUGUACUGUUACCUGCCCAAGGAACCAGGUUUCUGUGCGUCUGUUGUUCCUCAGGAAUACACGUCAUGUGACAAUAAGAAGUGGUGCGAGCUGGGGCUUUGUGUUUACAAUCAAGCGGCGCCUCAGACCAUCGAAGGGUGUCCGCAAGGUGAUGACAAAGUCUACGGCUGCAAAACCGCGGACUGCUCCGUAAAGAAAGUGCGAGAGGCGAGCUGUUGUCGCACAUGCGCAGAGCGCCGAGGCAUCACACUUCCGGUCCAAACAGUUGGUCCUUUCCUGUCGUCAACGACACCGCGUAUGUCCACCGACAGCGAUGAAACCUUGCCCCCAGUGCUGGAUGACACAACGGCGAGAAAAGGCACCUUCACCACACCGAUGUCAGAGAUGAAAACGACGAUAACUGCUGCUGUCGUGACGUCCACCCCUAUCAUCACUCAGCCGACAACGACGCCUUGUGAGGAGCUGGAAUGUCAGUGCCAGCACAACUUCUCUUUCGUUUGUUUGUUUCUCCCUCGUGCCUAGAGAGCUCCUCAGCAUGUCCCCAACCCACAUUGUUUAUGCAUGAUUCUCCAAAAUGUUGAAAUAAUGUCGAAAUAGCCACAAAUAUGUUAAAAUAUUUCAUAUUUUGAUUUUUCUGCAUCGGUACUAGCAUCUGGUCUUGCUUUUAGCGAUACAUUCAUUCUUUGUUUUAAAGUGCACACCAACCGCCAUAAAGAAAAUGUGAACAAAAUUAAAUGUGCUGCUGAUAAUAUUGUAUUCUUAUAUUAUUUAUACGGAAAACAUGUCUGAGUUAAUAAAAUCAAUGUUUACUGAUCAA